AUGGCCUCGUUUUCUCGACUCGUGCGGUUCGUUGCAAGCGAUGGACGCACAUACUAUGGUGAUGCCGUUCUUCCAGUAGGCGUUACUGACCUUGCCAAAACCAUGAAAGCCCGCGUAAUCAAAGGCAAUAUAUUCGGGCGUCACCAAGUAACUGAGCGGGUUGUAGACGUGAGAAAGCUCCUCUCUCCCCUUGCUCUCAAGGAUAUGCGAACAAUCCGCUGUCUCGGACUGAAUUACGCUCAACAUGCCAAAGAAGCAAAUAUGUCAAUCCCAGUAUACCCAGUCCUCUUUUUCAAGCCCGUAACCGCUGCUGCAGGGCCUAUGGAUCACAUUCUUGUCCCUGCUAUUGCGCAGGAAAUAGAAGGGUUAGACUAUGAAUGUGAACUGGUAAUUGUGAUUGGAAAGGAAGCAUAUAAUGUGCCUGAGUCUCGAGCUCUUGAUUAUGUUCUUGGAUACGCUGUUGGCAACGAUGUUUCCCAUCGCGAAUGGCAACUUAAACGCGGGGCAGGUCAAUGGGGUCUUGGUAAAGGGUUUGAUGGAUGGGCCCCAUUUGGCCCUGGAAUUGUUUCGACACAGUUAAUUAAGGAUCCAAAUGUGCUGGGGAUUUCCACCAAGCUCAAUAACGAAUUGGUUCAGGAUUCUAACACAAAGGACAUGAUUUUUAACGUAGCCAAAAUUAUUUCAUUCCUGUCUCAAGGAACGACUCUUUUACCUGGAGACUUGAUAUUUACUGGGACACCUGAAGGAGUGGCAAUGGGAAGGCAACCUCAACUCUGGUUAAGGAACGGGGACCAGAUCGACGUGACGUUGGAGGGUGUGGGGACCUGUAGCAAUAAGGUGGUCUUCCACCGAGUCGAGACCAAACUAUGA